AGUGUAGAGAUCAUCGCUCUAUCCAGGCCGUGGUGUAGAGAUCAGCUACAAUUGAGGACCGGAGCCGUACGAUGGCGGAGAAGACUCAAAAGAGUGUGAAGAUUGCUCCUGGAGCAGUAGUGUGUGUAGAAAGUGAAAUCAGAGGAGAUGUAACCAUAGGACCCAGGACAGUGAUCCACCCGAAAGCACGAAUUAUUGCAGAAGCCGGGCCCAUAGUGAUUGGUGAGGGGAACCUAAUUGAAGAACAGGCCCUCAUCAUAAAUGCUCACCCUGAUAAUAUCACCCCUGAUGCUGGAGACGUUGAACCCAAACCUAUGGUCAUUGGAACCAACAAUGUGUUUGAAGUUGGCUGUUAUUCUCAAGCCAUGAAAAUGGGAGAUAAUAAUGUCAUUGAAUCAAAAGCAUAUGUAGGCAGAAAUGUCAUCUUGACAAGUGGCUGCAUCAUUGGUGCCUGUUGCAGUCUGAACACCUUUGAAGUCAUCCCUGAGAACACAGUGAUCUACGGUGCCGACUGCCUCCGCCGGGUGCAGACUGAGCGGCCACAGCCCCAGACACUACAGCUGGAUUUCCUGAUGAAAAUCUUGCCAAACUACCACCAUUUAAAGAAGACUACAAAAGGAAGCUCAACUCCAGUUAAGAACUAAAAACAUGAUGACAUUUAGUCUUUGACCAGUCUUGUAAAGGGCCAUAGUACACAUGCAGUCUUAGCUCAUAGUAAUGCAUGUAAGCUUUGUUUUAUAAAAUUGAGUUAGAAAAGAAAGUAAUGUCUUUUCAUUGUAACUCCCUUCUAUAAUUUAUAUAAAAAAUUAAUAUAAAAUGCAUCAUUUUCUUAUUUACUUGCUCCUUUUCUGAUAGUUUACAUAUUUUAUGUAUUCUCCUCUUGUUAUAUAAAAUAUUGGCCACAAGUUUUAGUUCUGAAAACACUAACCUGUGAUAAGAUAGGGCCUAUUGUUAUGUAUUUAUGUACUAACAUUUAUUCAACUGAAUAAAAGUGCUGAUGACAA